CUAGUUGAAGUUGAUCCAGUAAGCAAAUUUAAAAUUGUUGACGAGCAUGGUGCUAUUAUCUUACUAGUUGAGACUGAUGACAAUAGAAAUGUAGAGUUGGUUAUGACUAUUAAGUGCAAGGUAGAGGCACAUAAUAGUAGACUUCGGUCACUCUAUUCUUAUCUUUCUAGUAAUUAUCCUUCUAGUAUACAUAAAUGCUUAAUAUAUCUGAAUUUAUAUAGCUCAUACUUAUUCUAUAAUUCUUCUAUAGUUUCCCCACAAUAUACUCUAGACUUUAGAUUAAACAGACCUAACAAUAGUAAGGCUGGAUUAGGGCAGAUACAAAGAACUUAUAUACCUACAAAAUAUCUGCCAUUACCAUUAAUGUCCUUUAAAGAUGCAAUUAAUCGGCAAAAUACUCAAAGAGAAGGUGCCAUUAAAAUAGAACAAGAGGAAUCGGAAAAGGCCCUAAAGAAUUGUAGCUGA